UUUCCGCAUAUUUUCACUUACUCACUCAGUCACUCUUCUCUUUUCUUCUCUCGUUGCUUAUGGAGUUCUUUAAUAACGAACUCGAUUCUUUCUCUAACGACAUCGACAAAAUAAUGGAGAUUUCACCUAUGGAUGAUUUCGACGAUUGGGCGCCAUUGUUAACCUACAAAAGCACGCAGAAGCUUUUCCUGAACGACUUGCCAGAAGUGGAUAACGACUUUGACGACCUUCCACCUCUGGACGAUUUCAAGAAAGAGCGCGAGGAAGAGGAUCAAGAACACAAGCAGUUACUACAACUUGCUCCGAUUAGUACGAUUAAGAACAAGAAGAGUGAGUUGGAAUACGAUGAGAUCAAGAAGCACUUCGAUUUGCCAAUCACAGAAGCUGCUAGCAAGAUGAACAUUGGUUUGACAUUGUUGAAGAGAAGGUGCAGAGAACUCAGCAUCAAGCGUUGGCCUCAUAGGAAAAUCAAGAGCUUGCAUUUACUCAUACAAACUCUCAAGGAGAUAGGUUUGGACAAUGAAGUUGAAAUGUUGGAGCAAGAAAUAAACAUGUUGAAGCAAGUUCCAGGGACGGAAAUCACACAAGAGACCAAGAAACUAAGGCAGGCUUAUUUUAAAGCCAAUUACAAAAGGAGGAAACUUUUGGCCUCUAACUGUUCUUCAUCAUCAUCAUCAUCAUCACUUAGCUAAGCUACUAAUCUUUCUAUGUUCAUAUUCCAUCUGAUCAAAGCAACAGUUAUUAGAUAUUAACAUAGUUUAACUGUUUAGUGCUUGCAUUGUUGCAAUGGUUGUAUUUUGGUUAGAAGAUGCGAGGAUGUUUCCUCCUCUCCUUCACUAACACGUCUCCGUUGCUAUGUUGAUCACGUUAUUACCAAAUAUAUGUGCAGAACCUGCAAAAGCUCAGUGAGCUAAAUCAAGAAAGUAGAAACAAUCAACUUUACUUGGUCAAUGGCGUCAAUGCAUAAUCUGGUUGGUUCAUAAUAAGUAAAGUAUGAAACAUGCUAUUUUCAUCGAGCGGGAGCGAAUUGGGAGAGUAAAAAUUGGACCUUUAAGAAGUAAGCUUACAGAUUCCGUAUUAGUGGUGGAAAAUGAUGCUGUACCAUUAUUUAUGGUAUUUGGAAAUUGGAAAUUUUUCCUAAGAAAUAUACUGAAUUAAAAACCAGAAAUUAUUUUUAAUAUGGAAAGAGAGAUGGUGUUUUGGUUGAAUAUUGAUAUUUGAAGUGUAUUCCAAUAGUAUGGAAAUCAUUCAACACGCUCCCCACGUGUUGGCUAAGAAGCUGCCACGUGUUCAACACGCCCCCACGUGUUGGCCAGAAUGCUGCCACGUGUCCACCACGCCCCCCACGUGUUGGCUUUCC